AUGUCCUCUACGUUCUCCCAGACGUCCUCCACGACGUCGACCUCCGCCUCCGCCUCCUUGAAAGCGUCAAGCGGCAGCACCCUCACUGUCCCUGGCAAUCUCAAGAUCGUCGGUAUCAUCCUCGCCAUUGCCAGUGGCGUCCUCAUCGGCUCAAGUUUCGUCUUCAAGAAGAAGGGUCUUCUCCGCUCGCAGAGGGGUAUGGCUGCAGGAGAGGGAGUUGCUUAUCUCAAGUCGCCGUUAUGGUGGAUCGGAAUGACCAUGAUGAUCCUGGGCGAGUUAUGCAAUUUCGCAGCGUACGCUUUCGUCGAAGCCAUCGUUGUCACCCCGAUGGGCGCCCUCUCCGUCGUCAUCUGCGCUAUCCUCUCCUCGUUGUUCCUCAACGAGAAGCUCAGCUUUUUUGGUUGGCUCGGCUGUGCCCUCUGCGUCCUGGGCUCGGUCAUCAUAGCGCUCAACGGGCCUCAGGAAGAGAGCAUUGGCCAGAUCAGGGAGUUCCAGAAGCUGUUCCUGUCACCGGGGUUCUUGAUCUAUGGCGGCAUCCUCAUCGCAUCCGCCCUGGUCAUCAUCUUCUACUUUGCCCCGAGGUAUGGAAAGAAGAGCAUGCUGUGGUACAUCAUGGUCUGCAGCAUGAUCGGGGGUAUCAGCGUCAGCGUCACGACUGGCCUUGGUUCCGCGAUCGUCACCACCGCCAUGGGGGACAACCAGUUCAAGUUCUGGUUCAUGUAUUUCCUCCUCGUAUUCGUCGCUGUAACGCUAAUCACGGAGGUGUAUUAUCUUAAUGUGGCGCUGGCGCUCUUCAACACUGCAAUGGUCACGCCCACCUACUACGUGAUCUUCACGUUUUUUUCGAUCGUUACAACCAUCGUGUUGUUCCAAGGUCUCAGCGCACCCGUCACCCAAAUCAUCACCCUCGUCAUGGGGUUCUUGGUCAUUUGCGUGGGCAUCACCGUCCUCCAGCUGUCGAAGAUCGAUCCGACACAGAUCAAAACCCUCGACCGGCGGACGACGUUGCUCUUACAGGCGGCGAAGAACAACACCGAAGGUGUCGACGAGAAAAACCUGUCCGCGGUCGAAGACCCAGGGAUGGACGCCCUGCGCGGGAGCUUCGGGACGAUGGGCAGCAUCAUCCGCGCACGCAGCGCACGGAGAAUGAGCAUGUCCAGCCGCGGUUCCGUCCACUCAAGAAUCAGCGGACAGCCGGGCUCGCCCGGCCCCAGUCGCGGACAAGACCCGUUAGCAGGCUUGAAGCGGCACCAGCUCUUCGACAACCCGAUGCCGGGCACACCGGGCGAAAUCGGCGACCAGCACGUCGAAGUUGGCUCGCUCGGCAGCCAGUCGCUCGGCUCGCCGUUCACGCAGCGGCAGCGGAAGCAAACGAUCAAGUUCGGCGACGAGGAGCUCGUGCACCAAUACCACACACCCGGCAUGGGCGACAACACCGCAACACACGAGCGGCGCACGGUCCCACACGCGUCGACCCCGAAGGACGAACGCGAGUCGGUCAGUAGCAGCAGCUGGUCCGCUAAAGCCGUGGUCGGCGCUAACGGCGAGCAGACACUGCCGCCCGACAUCGGCGUCCCCGUUCUGCCCCUGCGCGACUUGUUCGACUCCGCGGUGCCGCUCACCGCGCCACCCUCGCUGGGCAACAGCGGCUUCGCGGUCAACUUCCCGCCGAUAUCGCCCGGGUCGCGCUCGCGACACCUGCACCUGUUUGGGCGCUCGCCGGGCGGGCGGGGGUACCCUGGCGGGGACCGGGCGGACGACGAGGAGGAGAGCGUCUCGCUGUUCAACCGCGGCUCGACCGAGGGCCUCGAGCUCGACGGCGGGUCGGACGGCGACAGCUCCGCCGGGCCCGGCAGCGUGCGCCUCGUGGGGCGGACUCGGGGGACAGACGUCGUAUGA